GAGAGAUUGAAAAUUUGAACGCUUUUUCUGUUGUUUCAAUCUUCUUUUUCCGGUGAAUUUCCAGCGGCGUUAGUGUGUGGUGUUUGAUCAAUUAUAAGGAAGAAAUCAUGUUUCUGGUGGAUUGGUUCUAUGGAGUGUUGGCAUCACUAGGGUUGUGGCAGAAGGAUGCGAAGAUCUUGUUUUUAGGGCUUGAUAAUGCUGGCAAAACCACCUUGCUUCAUAUGUUGAAAGAUGAGAGAUUGGUGCAGCAUCAACCUACACAGUACCCCACAUCAGAGGAGUUGAGUAUUGGGAAUAUCAAGUUCAAGGCUUUUGAUUUAGGAGGACACCAGAUUGCUAGAAGAGUCUGGAGAGACUACUAUGCCAAGGUGGACGCUGUUGUUUAUCUUGUGGAUGCAAAUGACAGAGAGAGGUUUCCAGAGGCAAAGAAGGAAUUGGAUGGGCUUCUGUCAGAUGAGUCGUUAACAAAUGUCCCAUUUCUCAUUUUGGGAAACAAGAUUGAUAUACCAUAUGCUGCUUCAGAAGAUGAGCUGCGUUAUCACUUGGGCCUAACUGGUGUGACCACUGGCAAGGGUAACGUCAACCUUGCUGGUACCAAUGUCCGUCCAAUUGAGGUGUUUAUGUGUAGCAUUGUGCGCAAGAUGGGAUAUGGUGAGGGCUUCAAAUGGAUGUCGCAAUACAUCAAGUAGGAGAGUCAACCAUAACGAACUUGUUGGCUAAGUUCUUCUUUUGUGAUCCCAAUCGGUUGGUUGGGGUGUGAUGGGGGGAAGAACACAGAGAACUUCUCCCAAUCAGGAAAGUAGCAUGUCAGGUUACAUUGUAUUGGAUAAACGCUACAGCUUUGCACUAGCUUGUUUCUAGUUUUAUCUGUACUCUUUUUGGAUAGAAAGUUUGUACAGGGAAAGCACAAUAACGAAAAAAGGGCAGUCCUUGUUCUUCA